AUGGACAGCACGGGCAAGGAGCGGGAGGCCGUGCAGCUGAUGGCGGAGGCGGAGAAGCGGGUGAAGGGCUCCCACUCCUUCCUGCGGGGGCUCUUCGGGGGUAACACCAGGGUGGAGGAAGCCUGCGAAAUGUACACCAGGGCUGCCAACAUGUUCAAGAUCGCCAAGAACUGGAGCGCCGCAGGGAACGCGUUUUGUCAGGCGGCCAAGCUGCACAUGCAGCUGCAGAGCAAACACGACUCGGCCACCAGCUUCGUGGACGCCGGGAACGCCUACAAAAAAGCAGACCCGCAAGAGGCCAUCAACUGCUUAAACGCAGCUAUCGAUAUCUACACCGACAUGGGGCGAUUCACCAUCGCUGCCAAGCACCACAUCACCAUUGCGGAGAUCUACGAGGCCGAGCUGGUAGACAUUGAAAAGGCGAUUGCACACUACGAGCAGGCUGCAGACUAUUACAAAGGAGAGGAGUCUAACAGCUCAGCCAACAAGUGUCUGCUGAAGGUGGCCGCCUACGCCGCGCAGCUGGAGCAGUACCAGAAGGCGAUAGAAAUCUAUGAGCAGGUGGGAACAAACACGAUGGAUAAUCCUUUGCUGAAGUAUAGCGCGAAAGAGUAUUUCUUCAAAGCCGCUCUGUGCCACUUCAUCGUGGAUGAGCUGAACGCGAAGCUUGCACUUGAGAAAUACGAAGAAAUGUUCCCGGCGUUCACAGAUUCGCGGGAGUGCAAGCUAUUGAAAAAACUGCUGGAAGCCCACGAGGAGCAGAACUGCGAGGCAUACACCGAAGCAGUUAAAGAAUUCGAUUCGAUAUCGCGGUUGGAUCAGUGGCUUACGACCAUGUUGCUUCGCAUCAAGAAGUCAAUCCAAGGAGAAGGGGAUGGGGACCUGAAGUGAACCGUGCGUGGCGUUUGCGGCAUGCAGCCUAAAAGUAAUCCGUUCUUGUGUUACAGCCAAGGACCACUACGGGAUACGUGAUAAAAUACCUAGCUUUAUUUUGUUGCUUACAAAUCCAAUGAGACUUGUGUGUUUCUUUAGUGUCCUGCUCUUUGUCGUGACAAGGUGGGUAGCUGGGAAGCGAUGCUCUGGGUGUCGCUGGCGGAUGUUUCUGAGGCGAAAGCAGCGCUUCUGGCAGAAAUCCUGGCUUGGUUUUGUUAGCUGAUGAACCCAAAGUCUGCGCUUGCAGCUACCGUUUUUUUCCCCCCGCUGUUCUGUCUGAAGGCUCAGUACCAUUGAUUCCAGCAUGUAAAUAUUUUGUCCGCCCCAGUACAGUACAAAUAAUUGCUUCUGAUCUGUUGCUGUAUCGUUACCGUUUUGUGUUUCUAAAUGGACCUCUGUCAGA